AUGACUGUGUUGUGGCUGUUCGCCUUGCUAUUCUGUCGUGGGAAAGCAAGCGCGUGCUAUGGAGAUGGAAGUUUCGCACAGGAGCACUGGCCUUUUUGCCAAGAGCUAGGCACUGGGCUCUUGAUGUACUUCGGUCCCAGCACAGACGGCGAGUACAUGAAGUUGGGCCUUCAUGCAGAGAAUCACGAUGGGUGGAGCUCGCUUGGCAUUGGCGGAAAUGGCGGCAUGAAAGGAGCACAGCAGAUUGUUGUGCGCAAGGUGGAUGGCGAGUUUGUUGCAGAGGAGCGAUAUUCUACGGCUUAUGCCACACCCCAGCUCCAAGAGACGCAGGAGGUUCUACUCUUCUUCAGCUCGGAGUCCUCUGGGAACAUCUCAUGGGGUGUCCUACUCCCGAUGCGUUCGUGUAAGACCGGUGAGCGCUACGCCAUGGAAGACGUGGGGAUGUUCAUGCACUGGGCCCUGGGCCACUCGCACGACUUUGGUUACCACAAGUCCCGGGGCCAGUUCCACACCAACUUGGUGGCCGGACCACCGGCCCCGCCGCCGGAUAUGAGCGGCUAUGACUCGGUGAGCAUCACCAUGCCUGAGGUGCCUGUGGUGGGGGAGGGGAGUGAUGCCAAGAACCCCUACGUGUGUGGGAUCUUUGACUUGGCAGAAGUCUUGCCCAGCAACCGGAACACUUCAGAGAAGCACCAUGCAGCGAAGUUUGGGGUCAUCCUGGACAGCGGCUCCAGAGAGUACGUGCAUCAUAUGAUCCUUUUUGAGUGCACGGAGCAGGCUGCAAUGGACAACAACUUCACGCACAAUCAGGUAAUUUCCAACUGCGAGCGCAUGGUACGAGGGUGUCAGGCUUCCAAAUGGCCAUGGGCUGUAGGUGGGGAAGAUUUGGUCCUGCCGCCCGAUGUGGGCGUGCCCAUUGGAAAUGGUGCCCGGUGGUAUGCGCUGCAAGUGCACUACUACAACCCAAGCUUGCACGAAGGAGUUCGUGACAGCAGCGGGGUGCAGCUGAGCUUAUCGCCCGGCUUGCGCACCUACGAUGCGGAGACCUUUGGGCUGAUGGGCGGGGUCAGCCCUGUCCAACGAGAUCCUCUUCCGCCUGGGCACGCUGACUACAGCAUCCCUAGCAUGAUCUUGCCUGCCCAAUGCACGCAGAGUUGGAGUGUCGAAGAGAUCACCGUGCUUGGAGUCAUGCACCACGCUCACCUCGUCGGCAAGAAGCUCAGCGUCCAUGUCACUCGCAACGGCGAGUACAUCGGCGAAAUGCGGAGGGAGAAGAUCUAUGACUUCAAUCAUCAGUCCUUGGAAGGCUCGUCCGUGAAGAAGUUGAAGCGGGGAGAUGAGCUGACCUUGACUUGUAGCUACGACACCUCGACAAGGACCGCGCCCACUAACUUCGGGGACUUCACUCAGGAUGAGAUGUGCCUCGCUUAUUUCCUCCACUAUCCGGCCCAGACGGCACGACGUGGGAUGUUUCUCCGCGCAAAUGGGGACAGCCGCGUUUCCAUGUGCCCGGACCCAGCGCAGAUGAGUGGGGAUGGCUUUCAAUUGGGCGAGGGAGGUAUGAAUCCUUCUCAGCUUCUCGCUCUCAGUGUGACUUCCCAGGCUCCUGGAAUUCACCCUCCAGCAUGCCAGGCCAAAGGCGACUUGCAGUCUUCACAAGCCAUAGAGCUUCUGCGUAGCAUGGGCGUGGCCGAGUCCGUGCCCAUGCUCCUAGACUUCUUCGAUGAGGUCUACGUCUGGCUGCUGGCACUCCAGCACAGCGCCCCCCGCUGCGAAGCGGGUCACGCCGCCAGCACGGUGAACCAGCUCUUGCCGCAGGCCGAUGUGGAGCGAUGCCAAACUUUUGUCCGCGCCAUCAAGAUGGUCUUGCAGGGUUUGGAUGAGUCUCUGCAUGAGCUGCACGAGCUGCUGCAGGGCUCGGAGCAAGUGCUGGAACGGGUCUCCUCUCAGAACAUCUGCAACCUACUCCAGGGCGAAGCCACAGGCGACCUGGGCCUGGAGGAGGAGGGCCAGGCCGCGGGGGACGCGGGCGCCUGCGCCGCUCUGGAGGCGGUGAAGCUGAGCACCAAGGCGCUGCGCAUGACGCUGCAGAAGAUUGGAGGUCUUUUGGCUGCCGGCUCCGCCCUUGCGGCCAGAGAUUGGCGUGUGGAAGCGCUCAGGUCCCCGAGAAAAUCGACCUGGAUGGAGUCUCAGCAGCCUUCCUUGCGGCGGCGGAAGACCACCAACUUCUGA